AUGGACCUCAUGAACCUCAUGGACCCAAACGUGGGAUUUCCUUGCACGACAGAUGGUGAGAGUGAUGGCGUAUUCGGACUGACGCGACAGUAUCACGGCCAGAACCCCGACGCCGAAUCCAAGCCCAGAGUCGCCAAAGCCUGUGAGACGUGUCGGAGAAGGAAGCGAAAGUGUGAUGGAAACUCUCCGUGCUCGUCAUGUGUCAAGAACAACAUUGAAUGCGUUUAUGUGCUCGAAAGAAAGAGGAAACAACGAGACUCCGAGCUUGUAUCGAACCUCGAAGAUCAAGUCCUUGCCCUCAAAGACUACGUGCGAAAGCUUGAGGCUGCAUGCGGGUAUUCCAAUCUUCCAGACUUUGCAUCGAGCAGUCUAGAAGAUGAGGGGCCUGCGCACAUAGUAGACGACAGCCAGAGCUCUGCCAUCAAUGACGUGAGCUCCAUGAUGUGGCGGAUGAACAUUCACGGUGGAGAGACAUCCUUUGUUGGUCCGUCUGGUAGCUUCUGUUUCCCUGUCAGUGGCCAUAUUGAGACUCAGUCCACCAGCCACGAGGCACAAGAGAGUGUUCAAGUGUUACUCGACCUGUUCCGACAACACAUCAAUUCGAUCCACCAUUUUGUGUCUUCUCAAGCGAUUGAGACUCUCAAAUCACCAGAGACUCUCGAUGGUGAGCUGUUGCAGGCAUCAGUCCUGGCAGCAGCGAGUCUUUUCACCAAUUCACAGGGGCAGGUGUAUGCGGACCGAGCUGAGGCUAUCGUGAUGAGGUGCUGCCAGACAGUCCCGAACGUCGUGACGAUACAGGCUCUGGCGAUAUUGACUUGGAGGGAGCUGGCACUGGAGAACGAGAACAAUGCAUGGCUGUAUAAUUCCAUGGCGGCGAGUCUUGUAGUUCACCUCGGGCUGCACGUGAGCUCUCUCGAGAAUGUCAUGCAGGUCGGGCCGCCUUCAGACAUUGACAUGAGCGUCGACGCAGGCAGCGACGAACUGUGCUUACAGAUCCAGAAUCUCCACCUCGAUGCUUGGACGCAAUUGCAUGAUCCCAUGGCGAAGAAGGACACAGUCUUUGGCGCUCACUGCCAGAUGUGGUUCAUUCACGACCGAUACAUGGAUAAAAUAUACUCCUUUGAGUUUGGAGAGCUGGAACAUUUCGAACGACAUCAACUUCUGUCAGAAGCCAGAGACCAUCAUAUGAACUUCUUCCGCCAGAUGGGCCGCGACCUUGAACUUCGAAAGAACAACAUGAACCCCCAAGUCAUCCUCCUCCACAUGGUCUACAACAUGUCGCUGCUUCUGAUCCAUCGGCCAUAUCUCAGGGAACCGAAAGAGAGUACUGCCCACCAAUUAUCCGUCCGAACAAACAUGACCUCCGCGCAUGCCCUCGUCAGAUUGAUCCGACAAUACGGAAAAGAGGCCAGGAUUGAGGAUGCCCCGUUCUUUGCGAUACACUGUAUUCUUACAGCUGCUGUGAGCCUACUGCUGAAUGCGACAUCAACCAACUCUGCCAUUCGCGGCCAAUCGGUACACCGCUUCCGAAUCUGUGUUGAUGCAUUGGACAGGAUGAAAAGAUGGACAAGGGCAAGACGAGGUCUGCUUCUUCUCAGAGAGCUGGCCAACAGGUGGAACGUUGUUUCGGCGUUGCCCAUGAGACACAGCGUUCCCCUUGCGCCGACACAUGAGACUCCAGCCGACACCAAUGAUCUCGAUUGGGGGAUGUUGUUUGCCAGUCUUGAAGAGCCUCUGAAUUUGGAUACCAUCGACCUCUCGACGCCUACAGGGGAAUGGGUGUUUCACGAAAGCGACUAG